AUGGAUCCUUCGUGGAAGACGCCUCGGAUCGUUCCAAGUCCUGGUCGCACGGCCAGGCGGUGUGAUCCGUUUCCUCUGCCCGCGGAGGUCUCCACCGCUGUUCAUUUUAUCGCCUGUUUGUUUGCGGCGAGUCCAUUGUUUGAGUUACAUCAUUCGGGAGCAUACCCCAAACUAAAACGAAAGAAGUCUACGGAGGACGUGCGGUCUCCGCUGGGGGGUGAGGGGUCCCUCACUAGCGAGGAGGGCGAGGAGGCUGGCAGGAGGAAGAAGGCCAGGACCACCUUCACCGGCAGACAGAUCUUCGAGCUGGAGAAGCUGUUCGAAGUGAAGAAGUACCUCUCGUCAGGAGAACGAGCUGAUAUGGCGAAACUGUUGAACGUCACUGAGACUCAGUUCUCGCCGCACGCGGCUGUUAAUAUCACUAUUAGUAUCGUCUUCCCCUUAACGAGUCGUGCGCCGUCCCCGGCCGCCAUGUGGCUCACUCUUUGA